CGUAUGUGGUGGUCAAAGACCUUAAAGAUGCAUAGACUCACAUGCAGCGCUAGUGUUUUACUUGGAAUUGAACAUGUAGAAAUCGGCCAUUGAGGGGUCAACCUGCAAGAUUAUUACAAGCCUAUAAGUGGUGAUUUGUUCGUAUAUGGUGAAAUAAUCAAUGAUAAAUAUUGAAUUAUUAAAAUUUUUCUUAAAUUCUUGUUACAUAAAAACGCUGGAAACAUAGCUGGUUAGAUUACCAGCAAUGACAAAGUUUUGUUCAGCUGUAAAUUGUAGCAAUAGAUCAAAUAGAACUGUCAACAUCUCGUAUCACAGGUUCCCAUUCAGAAAUAAAGAGCUUUUAAAGAAAUGGUUGGUGAAACUUUGGAGAAAGUCUUUCACGCCCACUGUCAACAGCUACGUAUGCUCGGUGCACUUUGAAGCUGACUCAUUUCUGCAAGGAUACCAAUGUAAGAAGUUGAAAGAGGAUGCCUUACCAACCAUAUUCAACUUUCCUGAUCAUCUCAUCAAGGUUGGUAUUGUGUUUCAAUACAGUUGACGUAUAUUAUGCAAACACAUGGGUUAUCAAAGUUUAUUGGGAGGGUCCUAUAUCUGGGGAACACUUUUUAGAAUACCAAAAACAUAUACUUGAGGUGAUAUUAUCAUAAUGGGAAAUAAUGAUAUUAUCAGUAUUGAGAAAACGUGUUCCCCCUGUAUAGGACCCUACCCAAGUGAAUGAAUAGCUAAUAGAAACAUGGAACUUGUUCCAAAUAAAUGUUCUGUUCUACUCUGAUUCAUCGAUCUUGAAUACUAAACAGUUUUCCAACUGGAGGUUUAGUCAUAACUGUCUUCUCAGCCCGACCAAGUAAUAAUAGUGUAAUAGAAAGAAAAAUGAAAAUCUCAGUACCCUUUUUGAGAUUUUUAUUUUUCUUUCUAUUAUUAUUACAAGUAGCCCUAUACAGAGAAGAGAUAAAUAACAGUGUAGUCUACUUUUGCCAAAUGGAUAUUACUAUUAGCCUACUGUAUUUGUAUUUCUUAAAUACUGUUACUUCAUACUCUCAUCCUGUAUAUUUAUUGAGUUUAAUAAUGUCAAGCUAUCCAUUGAUCUAUGAGUUAAUCUAGUUAAACAAGGAUUGUAUAAUUAAAAUAAUGAUAAAGCAAUUUGAAAAUUACAUAUUUUUUAAAAUUGUUCAAAUUAUCACUUUGAUCACUCUACCACAUAUAGUUUAUGUAUAGUUUAUUGAAUGUUGUAGACUAUUUAAAUGUAUGAAGUUAGUACCUAUUAAUUUAUUUUGGCUGUAAAUUUA